GUUUUCUCCUGAACUUUCCCCCAGGGAGUGUGGAGAGAGGAGCUGACGUCACCAAACUAUCCCAGACAUUAGCGAGGGCAGCGGUUAUUGUUUCAGUGGUGGAUAGAGGUCCUGGUCUGGUGGUUACUCUAUCACUUGUGUCUGCGCGUGUGGAACAUUCUGUUUGCUCACGGGUUGUGAACUCUCAUCUCAGAUCGUCAAUCAUGGAGCCUUUUCUGGGAACCUGGAAGGUCGUUAUUGAGAAAACAUCGGGCGUCUUGGAGCUGGGCAAAUUGUUUGGGUGGGAAGAAGGGAAGGCAGAGAUGGUUUCCAAGCUCGAGUACACCAUGUUACUGGAGGCUAACGGAGACACGCUCAGGGCUUUUCUGGACUACGGCAAUCCAAAACUGGAGUUCAACUUUAAGCUGGGGGAGGAGUUUGACUACACCGGGCCUGACGGCUCCAAGGCUAAGUGUAAAGUGCUGAUGGAGGGUGGCAAAUGGGUGGAGUAUUACCGUGUGCCCGAAAAACCUGAAGCCACGUGGACCACAACCAGGGAGCUGAAUGGUGGAGAAAUGUUGGCGACCACGUUAUUUGACGCUGCCCCUGAUGUGAAGUGUAACCAGACUCUAGUCAAAGCAUAACCGGGAUUUCCCUGAGCUGUUUCAUUUACAUGUCACGACGUAGUGGAAUCUGGCGCGCUCAUCAGUUUUUGGGCAUAUAAAUAUAUAUAUAUAAUAUAUAUAUAUGGAGUUAUUGGUAUUAUCAUAAAACUUUUUUAGUUAUCUUGCUACCGAUUAAAUAAAUAUCUAUCUAUUUUGAAGAAAAGUCAAGUUUGCCUCUUAAUUGUGUCAAAAUGAGGUAGGGGUGGCCUGGUAGUAGAGAUAAAAUCAGGGGGACUUUAGAAGCCAAACUUUGGUGACUUCGAGUGAGUCCCUGGAAACUGCAAAUUGAAAUGCACAUCGUUUGUGCCUCUGAUCAAUGUUUUUUCAGUAAAAUCCAAACAGAAAUGUGUUUUUAAAUGCUCGUAAAAAGUGCUGAGAAAAAAACUAAGUGAAAAAGGUGUCAACGAGCAGGGAAAACGCUGGUUUCUUUGAUUUCAUUAUUUUGAGAGCGCCUGAUUUCACCACGUUGUCUCACAUUUAGGUGUUUGUGACCAAAAUUUUCAUUAAAGUCUAAUAAUGGCAAAUAUGUUGUGGCAUAUGAUUAAUGCAUGUUUACAUAUGUACAUGUUUUUGUGCAAUACGUGUUUAUGAAUGUGCAAAUGAUUGUACGCUUAAAAUGUACAUGUACCUGGAUCGGGCAUCUAUACAUGUUAAUACAUUAACUAAUUGUUUCAUUCAUAGUUUUAUUCAUCGCAUUAAAAGAACGAAAAUGAAA